AUGUCUGUGCGGAUAAAGGCGGUGGUGGACAAGUUCGUGAUGGAGCUCAAGGAGGCACUGGACGCGGACAUCCAGGACCGCAUCAUGAAGGAGCGGGAGAUGCAGAGCUACAUCGCGGAGCGCGAGCGCGAGGUCACCGAGCGGGAAGCCGCGUGGAAGGCCGAGCUCUCCCGCCGUGAGGCUGAGACUGCGAGACAAGAGGUGAGGCUGAAGAUCGAGAGGGAGAACCUGGAGAAAGAGAAGAGCGUCCUCAUGGGGACGGCUUCGAAUCAGGAUAACCAGGACGGAGCCCUGGAGAUCACUGUCAGCGGCGAGAAGUACAGGUGCCUCCGGUUCUCAAAGGCAAAGAAGUGA